AUUUCCUACUUAUAUGGCUCACAUAAAAUAUUACUACCCUCUCUGCAUAGUUAAUUUAAUAUGUUCUCAUUUAUCGUGUUUGCUUUUACCCAGAGAGUGUGAAUCUUUGAGACGCACAAAAAAGGAACAAAAAAGACAAACCAUCCGUUCGCCAUUUAGGGAGUUAGUUUGCACUGGGUUCACAAGUUUGCAUGUUUGCAUAAGUGAUUGUUGAUUGACGUACUUGAAGCUAACUAACGAUAGAAUGAGAAAAAGUUACUUGGUUCGGAGGUGUGAUGCUGAUGAUGAAAGUGGACAACACGACGAGGGGGGAUCCUCAUCAUGGGAAAAGGAGAGCAGUAAGCCUUUGCUGAAUCUGUUCAAAGGGGUGCAACCAAAACGGACGACGAAUUCCAUCAGUUCUUCCAUGGAAGAUCGACUACGGGACAAGAUGCGUGGGUGUUUAGUGGGGUCAUUGGUGGGGGACUGCAUCGGAACGUUAUUUGAAUGUGACUACACAGUCUCUUACUCGAUCCUGGGCGAUUUGUACCUUUCCUUGACUAAUCUUAGCGAGGACGAAAAGUUAAUGGACUUGCAUGGGAUUGAUUUUUCCGUGGGACCUAAACUGGCGCAGCAGAUGUUGGAACGAAAACGAGCUUCCAUUGUUCCCAUAAUUCAAAGUGAUGAGAACGGCGACAGCGACCAUCAUAAUAAUACUGCAAAGGGACCGAUAAUUCAAGCAGUAGUUCCACCAAAAAGACAUUCCUCCUUUGAACGGAGAAGAGAAUCAUUUUCGAGGCCCAUUGAAAAAUUCUCUGACGACACGGUCAUGAUUCGCUCCGUGGUACGGUCCCUCAUCCGGAUGAGGGGGUUGGAUCAAAGGGACAUGGCCACACAGCUUACGGACGAUUACUUCCUUAAUUUGUCACGAAAAUAUGGAGCAUUUUCUAGAGAGAUAUUCACACAAAUAAGAAAUAGUGGCUACUCUGACCCCGUCGCUCCUGCGAGAAAAUCUGUCGGCAACAUCGGGGCUCAAGGAAAUGAAGGUGCUACCAGAGUGGCGCCUGUGGCGUUGUUUGGGUGGAAUUUGGAUUUCAAUAAUGUGGCAGAAAUGGCAACCAAACUUACAAAAAUUACAAACUACCAUAAAUCUGCGGUGAUCGGAGCUGCAUGUCAGGCAUUAUCUGUGCAUAAGGCAUUUAAUUGGGAUCUUAACCCUGAUGGCAAUACUAUGCCUACUGUCACACGUGGCAGAUUAGGUAGCAGAUUGACGCCAACAAUGAAAAGGAAGAUUCCAAAGCAAGAAAAUAUUCCCAUGAAUGCUCACAGUGAAAUGGAUUUUGAUUAUAGAGAAUUUUGUCAACAGCUUAUAGAAGAAAUUUCUCAUGUGGAGAGUAAAAACGCGUCGUUCUUUGAAAAUUUCAAGAGUUUAAUGAGCUCACACAGGGAAAUUGCCGAAAUAGGUGAAUCUGCCUAUAUCGCUAAAAUUAACACUAUCGUGGAAUUCAUGGAUCGUUCUGACGCUCCAUCCAGAGCUGAAGUUGUUGAGAAACUGGGGAACGCUGUCAAAGCCAUCGACUCUGUUCCUACUGCAUUGUUCUCAUUUCUUAUGUCUGCAACAAAGGCCAAAUUUACUGAAUUACCCGUCCACAUAAAAAGUCCAGUUCUAAAGAGCAUUUUUUAUGCAAUUUCUUUAGGAGGGGACAGUGACACCACUGCCUCAAUGGCAGGGGCUAUUUCCGGAGCAUACUGGGGAUAUAAUAGCAUUCCUCAAGAAAUUUUGAGAGUUUGUGAAGGUGCAAAUGAUGCAAAAAACUUGGCAGAUGAGUUGUUCAAUCAUUGUCACAAUAAUAGCAAUAAUUAACAAUAAGCAAUGCAAUAUUGUACAAAUAAUGUAUAUA